GUCAGUUGCUAAUAUUAAUUUGAGCAUAAGUAGCAUGUAGUUACAUACAAGCACAUCUGGACUGAGAGUUAACUAGUUAAAACUAAUUGAAGCCAUAAAAGUUUCUUGCCAAAAUGUAUUUUUCAAAUAUUUUUUUCUGAUACAAAACAUGUAUGCGAAUUAACGGAAAGGCAGUCAUUGCCCCAUUUUUUAAAUAACCUCUCAGAUGAAGAUAUCGUUACACUCCGUUGUAAGUUUAAUAUCAGAACACCAAAUAUGGAAUCAAGGGUUCAAAGUCAUAGGCUUAAACAUCAAAACAAACCCCACGUGCGCGCGGGAAAAUCAUAUCAUCCAAGGAAAUUGAGUUAGUACAUAUUUGAAGCUAGUCCAUUUUUUGAAAUAUUAAAAAUUAUAUAUAAAACGUUUAUUUACUUUGUGCUGGGUGCUUGUUCUCGGCUAAACUAUUUGUUGUAGAUAGUUUGUGGAAGAAUUAGUAUGGAAACAGAAAAGACAGGUGAGAAAAACUGUAUUUUCUUUAUGAAAGUUGUCUCGCCAAAUGUUUUACCUUUUUUUCAAUGAGUGUUUUCUUGUUUGUAGAAGAAUCAAGUUCGAACGUUAUCGGGGAAAAGCUUUUAUACAAAGCCAUUAUAAGGGAAACUAGGGAAGAAUUAGGUUGCUUGAAGCAAAAUAUAAACAAAGCAAAGUACUCAAUAAUCGUUGACAGUUCUUCGGAAGAUGAAUGCAACACAGAGCUAAAUAAAAUAUUUUCAGAUGUUGAAAAAGAAGUUUCUAAGCAAACUAAAAGAUACAACCGCAGAAGAGAAAAGAAGCUUCAAGCACUUCAAGAUGAAGUUAUAAUUACCCAUGAUGAAAGAUCGGAUUCACCUGCCGAAAAGCAAAGUGAUGGAAUUAAUACGGAAUUCCCUGAAAAGGUCAUCACAGAAAAUGUAACCACCUUUCAAUGUGAUGAAUGCGACGCAAACUAUACACGCAAAAAUAAGUUAAAAGCGCAUAUGUUGAAGAAACAUAACACUACGUUAACUGAUCAGGGUAAGCGUUCAAAAUGUACAUUCCCUGGUUGUGAAGAGACUUUUUACCACAAAAGUAGAAUGAUAUCACACCUAAACACAUUCCAUGGUACGAAGACAAACGUUCGUAACUUGGUAUUUGAGGACGAACAGAUGUUCAUGGAAUGGAAAGAAAAAGAAGAAUUAGAUAAACACAUAUAUUUUUCAAAACAAAGAGGGGAUGGCGACUCUAAAUUUACGAAAUACGCUUAUUACGUUUGCCAGCAUGACGGGGACGGAAGAUCGCAUAGAAAAGAAGGUGAACCAGCUCGAAAAACAAGCUGGCAAGCUAACUGACAAAUGCGAUCCAAUGGGCUUUAGAAGACAUAUAUAUAAGACGAUUGUCGGAAAUUGUAUUUCAUCUGCACGUACAUGGAAGAAUAUUCAGAAAGAACAUUCAAUGUGUCGGGCAUGUCUAAAAAAACCCAAAGACAACGAAAUUGACUGGGUGCAAUGUACACGAUGUCCGCAAUGGUAUCAUUGCAAAUGCGCUUCUUUUACGGCGGAACAAGCCGAUUUAUGAUGACAUUUAUCUGUUAUUUCUAGUUAUUUCUAGGGACCUUACACUAUUUUUAAUUUUUUUAAAUGUUUUUUAGAUCAUCAUCAUUUUGUUGCUUAACUGGAAAUAAAUCAAAAUAAAAUAAAGUGAUCUACCAACUAUCUAGUUAAACUUUUUAAAACACAAUAUAACACAAAAUGCUUUGUUGCUUUUAUAUCUAAACCUAUGGGAGUGCGGUGAAAAGAGAGAUUCGUCUUAUUAUUAUAAAAAGAAAAAAUUAAUUUUAUUGUAAAAUGUUUCAAUUCCUUUU